AUGGCAGAUGCUGCUGUUAGUGCUACUAUUCAGGUUGCAUUGCAGGCGGUUGUUUCCCUUGCCGCUGAUCAUGUUAAUCUGGUUCGUGAAUUCCCAACGGAGCUGGAGAGACUCAACAAAUCUGCUGAAAUGAUUCGAGGCUUCUUGGCUGGUGCCGACGAGCAAAUGCAUAGCCAUGAUCCGAGGCUUCUUGGGGUGCAAAAAUGGCUCAAGCAGCUGGAAGAAGAGGUUUUCAAAGCUGACAAUGUGCUGGACGAGCUCAACUAUGAAAGUCUUCGUCGGAAGGUGAAGUAUCAAGAUCAACCCAUGAAAAAGAAGGUACUCUUCUGCUUUUCAUUCUUUAAUAAAAUUGGUUUUCGUUGGAGGUUGGGUUCAUCGAUCAAGGAGAUCAACAAGAACCUUCAAAGGAUCCAUCAGGAUGCAGAAGGUUUGGGACUGGCCUACGUUGAAGAAGCAUUCGCUACUAUUGCUGCUGGAGCCACAACAAGCAGACAGACAGACUCUACUAUUGUUCGAAGAGAUGUCCUAGGAAGAGACAAGGAUGAAUCAGAAAUAGUUAAGAAGUUGUUGACCGAAACUGAAAGUGUUAUUUCAGUUAUUCCCAUAACUGGCAUGGGUGGAUUAGGCAAAACAACUCUAGCUAAAGCCGUUUACAAAAAUAAACAAAUUGUUGGACAUUUUGACAAAAAAAUUUGGGUUUGUGUGGCUGAAAAAGUAGAUAGAAUCGAGGCGGUCUUCAAAAUGAUUCUAGAAUCGUUGAUAGGAGGAAAGGUUGAAGGGAAUCGUAGGGAGGUAAUAGUUCAAAAAAUUCAAGAUGAACUCAAGGAAAAAAGAUAUUUCCUUGUUCUUGAUGAUUUGUGGAAUGAUCAAGAAGUAUUGUUGAAUGACUUUUUCAGCACUUUGGCGGGACUCAAUACGAAGAAAGGGAGCUGGUGUCUUGUUACCACUCGUCUGCAAGAAGUGGCAAUUAUUCUGUCUAGACAUCCGCAGAUCAAUUUUACUCGCCAUGAGCUAGGAAGGCUACGCAAUGAUGACUGCUGGUCUAUCAUGAAAAAAUGGGCAAAUGUAGGGGAAGAAGUACCAAAAGAAUUGGAAGGCAUGAGGCGCCAAGUUUUAAGAAGAUGUGAUGGUCUACCUCUGGCAGCAAAGUUAAUCGGAGGUUUGUUAUCUAAAAGGAGAAAAGAGGAGUGGCUAUCUAUUUUGGAGGAGAGCCUCUUGAAUGGAGAUCAGGGUGGGAUUGAGCAAAUAAUUAAGGCUUUCUUCAACCGGAUCCCCAGAAUGAAAGAAUGA